UUUUUAAGUUCAAUUUAUUAUUUGUUCAAAAUGUUGCUUCAUAUAUAUUUAAUAUCGUUUGUGGUUUUCAUUCUUGCGGUUGUCACAUCGCAGGAAGCGAAUGAUGUUGAAGAAUUUUGGAAACCUUCAUCAGCGAAAAAUUGGGAAAAUCUUUCCAAGGAAGAUUCUAGAACGCCAUUUGUUGGGGAUUUGAGAAGAUUAUCUAUGAAAGAUAAGGAAUCGUUAUCUGAGGAAUAUUGGCCGUCAUAUGAGGAAGAUAGAAAAUCGUCAUAUGAAGAAGAUAGGAAAUCGUCAUUCGAGGAAUAUGAUGAGCCGUCAUCUGACGAGAUCACUACAUCGAUUCCUCCUCAAGGUUCAAAUGAACAUGAUCCAAACCACGAACCAAUAUUUAAUAGAAAUCCAGGAUCUUUGGAAGAAGUUCCAUAUAUAGUAUCUAUCCGAGAUGUAUAUCAAAAUCAUACUUGUAAUGGAAUUCUAAUUUCUAAAUUUUGGGUAUUAACUGCAGCUCACUGUUUGGAUAAAUCAAAUUAUCCCCUGCAGACAAUUCAAUAUGGAGUGGAAGAUAUUUCUGGUGGAGAAAAUAUCGAUUUAGCGUCUGAAAAUAUUGAAUUUAUUAUUCAACAAUUCCAAUAUCGAAACUAUAAAAAAUAUUCGAAUAAAAGAAAACAGAACGUAUUAUUGAAUGACAUUGCUUUAUUACGGUUGGCUGGACCAGCAAAUAUUAAGGAAUUCGCAAAAUUAGCGAAUCCAAUGGAGCCAACUCCAGAAAAUGGGGAUGCAAGUUUGUUUGGAUUUAUAUCGACGGAAGAGGGUAUUCAAUCAACAAAAUUACUAGAAUCAAAUCUUAAUAUUAUUGAUUUGAAAGAUUGUGAAAAAAAAUUCAAAGGCCAUUGGUUAAAUCCAUUACUUUCAAAACCUGAUCAUAUAUGUGCAAGUGCAGAUAAAGCGCCAGAACAAUGCAAGGAUGAUUCUGGAAGUCCAUUAAUAAUUAAUGGGAAAGUUUUUGGUAUAGCAUCAGGAAGUGUAUAUUUUCAUGGAAAUGAACCUUGCUCUGUUGAAACACCCGGUAUAUAUACACGUAUUGCAACUUUCAGACCUUGGAUAAAACAACUGUCUGGCGUUUAAAAUGGGCGGCUU